CUGCAAGGCACGGAACGGGAGAAGGGCGAAAAGGUGAAGAUAGUCAACCAGGUAAAGCAUAUACCGAAAGAUGCACAGGUUGUGAUGUCGAUCCUGAAGGAGCUGGGUGCGACCGAUUACGAGCCACGGGUCAUUAAUCAGCUGCUAGAAUUUACCUACCGAUACGUAACGUGCAUCCUAGAUGACGCCAAAAUAUACGCCAAUCACGCACGCAAGAAGGUGAUCGAGAUGGAUGACGUGAAGUUAGCUACGCAGAUGAUUCUGGAUAAAGCAUUCACUAGACCACCUCCGCGCGACGUGCUACUGGAAAUAGCACGUGUCCGCAAUGCUACACCGCUACCAUUGAUAAAGACCCACUGUGGAUUACGCCUUCCGCCAGACCGCUAUUGUCUUUCGGCCUGCAACUACAAGCUUCGUGCUGCACAACAACCGAAACGGAUGAACAAAUCCGCUCUCGAAGGUAGAUCGUCGCUCAAGUCUGCUAAAGCAGGUUCCGGUGGAGGAGCGGAUGGAAGCGGCACUGGAGGAGGCGUCAAACGACCAUCCGUUCAGUCCACUCCUAAGACGCAGGUGGUAAGCAUACCAAAACCAGUGUUCAAAUUUAGCACGGCUCCAAAAACGGCACCAACCACGGCAACAAAAUCAAUUAAAACGACAGUCACAUCGAUCGGUGGUUUGGGUGGAAGCAAUGGGGCGUCAGCCGGUAGUACGGGUGUAGCUGGAAACGUCGACAUUAAGAUGGAAACGGACGAUCAGUUUGGCGAGGGGAACAACGGCAACAAGCGCAAGCGAGAAGAGGAUGACUUUGAAAUAGUGGAAUAA